GUUCUUAGUCCCGGAUUAUACGUCGUACAGUGUGUACGUAGAGCUUCGUAUAAAGCCAAAAGUUGAGUGAAUUUUUCCUCAAGCCUCCAUUGAAAACACGUGUUUUGUUGUUCAAGUGUAGAAAAUAACGCAAAAUGCCGCUCGCCAAGGAUUUCCUGCACCCGCUUCCGGCCGAGGAGAAGCGCAAGCACAAACUGAAGCGCCUGGUACCCCAUCCGAACUCGUACUUCAUGGAUGUCAAGUGCCCCGGAUGCUACAAGAUUACGACCGUGUUCAGUCAUGCCCAGAGUGUGGUGGUGUGCACCGGCUGUUCCACGAUCCUGUGCCAGCCCACGGGCGGAAAGGCCCGGCUGACGGAAGGCUGCUCGUUCCGCAAGAAGCCCUACUAAAUGCUACCUAUUAAGUUGGAUACUAAUUUGGCUUCCUGCAUUUAAUAAACGCUGCAGUAAUCAUUUCAA